AUGUCGAUAUGGAACUUGCCAUCAUGGGACGAAUGCUCCGAGUCUUCGACCCAUGACGCGUCCUCCACGCCGAAGAGCAAGGAGCAUGCCAGUGAUUCCGAUGCGUGUUUUAGCUACUUGAACGUACAGUCGACGACAGCUGGUAGCAUCAUGCACGCAUCGAAGUGCUCACAACUCCGUCAAAUCCACGAGAAAUUCGAGUCUCUGCGGUUGCAGCUCGACGCGGAGCGACGGCCACCGCCGCCACAGCGAUGGCCACCCAACCAAGCAUCGCAACAACUGAGGCGAGCCAGUCCUCCCGUCCACACCAUCAACACGACAGCAUCAUCUCUACCACCCCGGCAAGAUGCGUCCUCGUUUUCUACUAGUACCACGCUUAAACCUGGUGCGGCGGACACUCAACACGCUCAAACUCAAACGAUCGCGACCUCCCUGCACCACCUAUCUUCCACACACGUUGGUACCACCACCAGUGACAUGCAGCCACCGCCACCACCACACGUUCCAACCUGGGUCAAGGAGCAAGAGGUGCCGCUAAACCAUUUCCAGGACAUGUGGCACGACAAAGUGCAAGCGUUGGAUGACAUGCUGGGUACCUUGUCGUCGCAAAUUCAGCAACAGUCUGACGCCGCCGCCCUCACUAUGUACUUGGCAUGGCUGGCUGGGACCAUGCAAGCCGCAGUGGCGACAUUGCCUUUGGCCAAAAUGACAACGUGGCAUGACAACUCCACCACAGUGACGUUAUCCUCCAACUCGCCGAAGGUUCCAGCGAAUUCCGCGGCCGCCACUGACAUGAUCGAAGCUUCAUUAACAACAUUGGUGCAGGACUAUCGGUCCCUCCAUAGCACCCACACAGCCGCAAUGCACCACGCCAAGCAUACUUGGUCCAAGAAACUGCACAAAGCAGUGCACGACACAGCCACAACCCACGCCAAAUGGGAGCACGCAUUAGCCACGAUCCACUUGCUUCAGGAUGAGAGGAAUGUCCUGCAAACCGAAUUACACGGGGCGCUAAAGCGCACGGCGGCCGUGGAAAAGGACUUGCUCACAUGUCAGUUUAAAGUAUCAACGUUAGAACAGCAAUGUCGAGACCUGCACGACCAACUUCGACUGCAGGAAAUCGCUUGGAACGACGAACUGGCCAAGGCUCACCCCCCCCCCCCUACUCCCCCACAAGCGACGAGCUUUAAAUCGUCCUCUAAAAACCUCGACAUUCCCGUGGUGCCUCUUGCGAUCACAAUGACCAAGAAACCAAUCAAAGUUCACGAGGACUGCCCAGAGACGAUUUGGCCGGAGGAAGCUGUGCAGGAUGAGUGGUGGAUAGACGACGGCGGGAACUCGGACGAACGUGGUCCACCUGUCCCCAGGCCAGUCAACCUCCCCCCGCCCGUAGCCCCCCGAGAACCCCCCGCGUCGACCCCCCACUUCGGAGGUCGCCAUCAUAGGCAGCAUCAACACAUCUCGACCCAUCGCCACAUGCUGCUUGAGUACCUUCACAAAGCGGCAUCAUCCAAGCACCCACCACCCCGUCGUCUGAAAGAUCAAGAACGCGGGUAUGAGUCACUUGCUCCAGGUUCAAAGUAAUGUCAGUACAGUACCCUCUACUAGUAUACUACGUACUACUGUACCGUACGCAGUAAUCAAAAGUGAUGAGUGAGUGGAAGGUCAAAUCUAACUACUUAAGUAUAC